AUGAGUGAGCCAGUUGCAGCUCCUUCUCAACCAUCUUCUCUUGGUGCUUUUAAGUUUUGGAAUAAAAAAGAAAAAGAAAUGAAGGAUAUUCCUGAUGUUAAGAAAAAUGGUCUUUCUAAAGAAUUUUUAUGGACAUUUAUUUUAAACAAUGAUACGGAGUAUGAUGAAAUACGAUGUAUACAACAAUUGAGUGAAGUAAGAAAAGUAUGGUCAGUGAUUGCGACAAUGUCUUCGAAUAAGAUGAAGAAAGACCACCAACGCAAAACCUCUUCUUUUGGUAAAGAUAUUGUACAAAUGAUUCAAGAAAAUUACAAAUUUAUGAAUGAAGGGAAAGCUCAAUGGGAAGAGGCAUUUAUGAAAAUGACAAACACAGUAAAUCAAUUAAAUGAAGAUAAUGAAGCAUUAAAGGAACAAGUAAGGACUUUAAAAAAUGAAAAAAUGAGACAUAGUUCAAUUGUGAAGAAAGAAUCAACUUUACAUGAGAUUGAAUUACAAUUACAAAAUCUUGUUAAGUUAAAUAAUCAAAUAGAAUCUAAGUUGUCAGUUAUAUCUAUACAACAAUCAAAUGAUUCACUUAUCCAAAAAAGUAUUAAUGAAAAAGUUGAAUUAAUUGAAAAAAAUAUUAACAGUCAUACUCUUUCUAAUAUCCCUUCUUUAUCUUUUAAUACAAUUAAUGAAGAAAUGUCUCUUCACCAAAUAGAUGAUAAUGAAAAUAAAACAAAAACACCAGAAUUACCUGAUCAUUAUUAUACUGAUAAUUCUGUUAUUCCAACUAUUCCCCUGAAUAAUACAAUUGUUAUAAAAGAUUACCAACCCUCUGAACAAACAGAAGAAAAACUUUAUCACACUCAAAAUGAUAUAGUUGUUCCUUCAAAAAAAACACUACCUAUUCAAAUAGACCAGUUUAAUAGUUGUGAUGAUUUUGUAGUACACAGACUAGACCAACAACCAUUAGUCUCGUCGUAUGAAAAUAAUGAACAUGCUUUAAUAUUAGAGGAAGAGAAUGUACCACAUCUUGGUAAUGCCCCUUCUGUUCACCGUAAAACUUCACAUGUAAUGUCUCGGUCAGUAGGUGAUGCUAAUUUUUUGGAUGAAUUCCAUCAAGAUAUGUCAACACAAAGUACUCCAUACAGGCUAAUGAAGAUGCCACUCAGGAGAUACAUUUCAAGUUCUAAGCAUAAUGAGUUAUUCAUUUCUCCGGCAACCAAACGAUCAAGAAGUAUUCUUUCAUCCCAGCAAAUGACACUUUCCCAUGAAGAAUUAACUAUGAAAGUAAAAAAGCCAUUAGUUAGAAUUAAUCAGAAUAUUGAUAAUCUUACACCAAGAAGUAAAAAAGAUCAUGAAUUAAAAGAAAAAGAAGAAGAGUUAAAACAAAGAGAAGAGAUACUAAAGAAAAAAGAGGAAGAAGUUAGUCAGAAGGAAAAAGAAGUUCUUGUGGUUCAAAUUGAAAUAGAAAAUAGAGAAGAAGAACUUCAGUCUUGGGAAGAUGAUAUUCAAAGAAGAGAAAAUGAAAUUAGAGAACAUGAAGGUGAGGUUAGGAGAAGAGAAGUCGAGUUAGAACAGAAAGAGGAAUUAAUUCAAAAAGAAGAUGAGACUAAACAAAAGGAAAUAGAAAAAAUAGAAAUAAUUAAAACAGACUCUUUUAAAGGCAGAGCCAGCGAACCACCAAAAGACACAUCUAGUUCUAAAGAAUUUGAAGAAUUAAAGAAAGAAAAGCUACAAUUAGAACAAACAAUACAAGACCAACAAUUAAGAGUUUGGACCUUAGAAGAACAAAAUAAAAGAGUAGAACGUAUUGUUAAGAUGAUGGAUUCAAAUGAACCUAGUGAAGAUGAUAUCACUCAGUUUAUUGAGACAAUAAAAGAAAUUGUUAAUAGAAAAAAACAAAAAUUAAGAUUUAUAUUAACUCAAAAGAUUGUUGAUACGUUUAGUCGAUAUGUCCAAAACCCAUUAUCAUUAUCUGCAAUAAUUACUCCACGAGGGUCUAUUAGAAAAAGUGAGAAGAAAAAAGAUAAAAGAGAGUUACAAUACAUUCAAUUUAUACCAAAUAAAAUUGAAGAUAAAAGAAAAACAUCACUUAUUGUCAAAGAUAAUUAUGAAAUGUAUAGGACAGUGUGUUAUGAUUUUUAUGUUAAAGAAGGAGAAUAUUAUAGAAUUAUUAAUGAAUUUAAUGAAGUUUAUAUAAAGAAUAUUAAUUGGUCAAUAAUGAAAGACUUUGCAAAAGAAUUUAAAGAACUUUUUGAACCAAUAUUAAUGUUAACAAAGAAAAUUGUUGAUGAAUUAGAUAGGGCUUAUUCAGAUCCUAUUAAAGAUGCUGAAGGAAAGUCAUGCAUUGCACUUGGAAGUAUUUUAGAAAAAUAUGCACAAACAUUAAGGGUUUAUUUAAAUUAUAUAUUAAGAUGCCCAUAUUUUGUUGACCAUUUCCCAGUAUUUAGUCAGUCAAAAGAAUUGACUGAUUCUCUUGUUCUUUCUAUAACCAAUUAUAUCAAUUCUCAAAAACUAAACAAUCCAUCAUUUGUAGUAAAUUCAUUUUUACCUAUUUCUGCUUAUAUCUUAGCUCCAGUUUCUCAUUUUUCUGUUUAUCCACAAUUAAUGAGAGAACUUGCAAUGAACAUAUCAAAUAAUCAUUUUGAUAAUUUAGCGGUACAAAGUGCACUUAGAAUAAUAGAAGGAAUUGAAGAUGAAAUAGACCGUCAAAAAAAUUCUGCAGAACGUUGUGAUGCAGUUAGAUUUGUAAAAACAUUAUUUAUUAAAACAAUAGAAAUACCUGAUGGUCAUUGUGAAUUGUUAUAUUUUGGAUUUUUAAAACCAGUUGAUAUAGAGAAAUUUAAAGUACAUGAUGAUAUUAUUAGAGUAUGUUUCUUAUUUAAUACAAUGUUUAUUAUUACUAAAAUUAAAACAUUCCAAGGAAAAGUAUUAGAUAAGAAGGCGUUAACUGCUAAGUUCUAUCAAGAAAUUAGUGGGUUAAAUGUUGAAUUUUUAAAAGGCUUUAUAUUAGAAGAAGUAGAUCGAUGUUUUAUUACAGACCAUAUUAUAAUUUCUCUUAUCCAAAAUAUAGGUUCUAUUAUUAAUGGAUUUGCUGUAGAAUUUAAUGAAAAACAAUACAAUUUUGUAGCUUCAUCCCAAAAACAACAAUAUAAUUGGUGUGAUGCAUUCUCUAAUUUAAUGUAA